UCUGACUGGUGAGUCACUGAGGAGGAACGAUAACUCAAUCGCUACCACUUCAGAGAGGACACAAACUGAAUUAGGGGCACCGGAUUAUAGCUUGACAUAUCUUAUCUGUUUAGCUAGCUAUAAACCGUAACAUUUCUGGGCUAGUUAGGUUUGAAAUGUUACAUUUUCGGUCUUCGGUAGCGCUCAAGGAGUUGUUUCAAUCCCAUCUGAAGCGCCCUUUAACAGGUAUAGCCGGACUCGGAAAAAAAUCGUCACCAUCCACUGCGUAUUGUUUUAGCACCGCUUGUAGAGAUGUCAGGUCGGUGACAAACGUCAAGUACCCGUGGAGUGCGCUUGGUGGAUGGCGACCUUCGCGCUACACCACAAAGAUCCAUGGAACUAAAGCUCUGUGUUCCCAUAGCGGUACUGGUCCGUUAUCCGAUGAUGUCAGCAAGGAUGCCGCUACAGAAAAGAGAAGGAAGGCAGGCAUCCUGCCCAGUCUGGAGGAUCUGCUGUUCUACACCAUCGCUGAGGGCCAGGAAAAAAUCCCCGCUCACAAAUUCACCACAGCACUGAAAGCCACCGGCCUGCGCACCGGUGACCCCCGUCUGAAAGAAUGUAUGGAGAUGCUGAAAGUCACCUUGAAGACCACCUCGGAUGGCGCCCUCGACCGCCACCUCUUCAAAAAGUGCGUCCAGAGCAACAUCGUGCUGCUCACUCAGGCGUUCCGGAAGAAGUUUGUCAUCCCCGACUUCAUGUCCUUCGCCUCUCACGUCGACGAGCUCUAUGACAGCGCCAAAAACCUCAAGGGGGGACAGGUUGCUGACUACAUUCCCCAGCUGUCCAGGUUCAGCCCAGACCUGUGGGCCGUGUCUCUCUGCACUGUGGACGGACAAAGACACACUGUGGGCGACACCAAAGUCCCCUUCUGCCUGCAGUCGUGCGUCAAGCCCCUGAAGUACGCCAUCGCCGUGCACGACCACGGCACCGAGUACGUGCACCGCUUCAUCGGGAAGGAGCCCAGCGGCCUGCGCUUCAACAAGCUUUUCCUGAAUGAGGAAGACAAACCUCACAACCCUAUGGUUAACGCCGGCGCUAUCGUCUGCACGUCUCUCAUUAAGCAAGGGGCAAGCAAUGCGGAAAAGUUUGAUUAUGUCAUGAACUUCAUGAAUAAACUGGCUGGAAAUGAGUAUGUGGGUUUUAGCAACGCCACGUUCCAGUCUGAGAGGGAGUCAGGAGACCGGAACUUUGCCAUCGGCUACUACCUGAAGGAGAAGAAGUGCUUUCCAGAAGGGACGGACAUGACCUCCAUCCUGGAUUUCUACUUCCAGCUGUGCUCCAUCGAGGUGACCUGCGAGAGUGCCAGCGUCAUGGCGGCCACCCUGGCCAACGGGGGCUUCUGUCCAAUCACGGGCGAGCGCGUGCUCAGUCCAGAGUCAGUGCGCAACACCCUCAGCCUCAUGCACUCCUGCGGCAUGUACGACUUCUCUGGACAGUUUGCGUUCCACGUGGGGCUACCGGCUAAGUCAGGCGUGGCAGGAGGCAUCCUGCUCGUAGUCCCCAAUGUGAUGGGCGUCAUGUGCUGGUCCCCCCCCCUGGAUAAGCUGGGCAACAGCGUACGGGGCAUCCAGUUCUGCACGGAUCUGGUGUCCCUCUGCAACUUCCACAACUACGACAACCUGAGGCACUUUGCCAAGAAGCUGGACCCUCGCAGGGAGGGCGGAGACCAGAGGGUGAAGUCUGUCAUCAAUCUCCUGUUUGCUGCCUAUACUGGAGAUGUGUCUGCACUGAGAAGGUUCGCUCUGUCCUCCAUGGACAUGGAGCAGAGAGACUACGACUCCAGGACGGCCCUUCACGUGGCGGCAGCUGAGGGACAUGGUGAGGUGGUGCGUUUUCUACUGGAGGCUUGCAAGGUCAACCCAGUGCCCAGGGACAGGUGGGGAAAUACACCUAUGGAUGAAGCGGUGCACUUCGGCCACCAUGACGUGGUGACCAUCCUAAAGGACUACCACACCAAGUACAGCCCCCAGGAAGUAGUGGACAAGGACAAGGAGACCGCAGAGAAGAACCUGGACGGCCUGCUGUGAGGCCACCUCACCCCCCUCCCCCCCACAACGACUCUCUUUGUAAGACUUUCUUGUGUGGUUCCUCGUCACGUGUUGAUAUCUGUACCGUUGAUUUUUGUAAAAUAGUAUUGUACGUAUUUUCAAGGAAACGAGAAAAAAAAAAUGGAAAUCUGAUUCGUUUUUCCCCUAAGGUUUAUUUGAUGUUUUUUAUUUUCUCGCUAUUGUGGUGGUAUUAGUUUGUUUGGCUUUCUUUUAUGUAGUACUGCUCACGUUGUGCAACUCUCCUCCAGUGUUGUCACUAUGUGGAAUGUAUGUCUGCAUUCAAGUGCACCAGACAUAAUCCAGCAAUGCAGCAAAGAACCAACACAAUUCGGAAGAAUUUGGUGAACUGGCGUACCCAGUUUGCAACUCUGAUGCCCGGACCACAAGUAUACCACAUCCAUGUCAGUAUAUGUAAUAGUAACUGUAAACAAAAAGGAAAGACCAUUACUCAUCUGAAGAAGACAAACAUCCCAUAAUUCCUGAUCUGUGGAGUCUAUUUCAUGUAUGACAGUGUGUAAACCUUGACAUAUUUAUAUGAGGAAAAGAAACUACAUUUAUGUAGUGUGUACUGUAUAUUCCUGAGAUUACUUUAAUAUCAUAGAGGAUAUAUAAGUAGGACUUUUAGUGUAAAUACUAUUUUAUCUGUAGUUAAGAUGACACACUGAGAGCAAGAGGGGAAGUCUUAGUUGCAACUGUUGGGCACUUCUGAAGCAGUGAGAUUGACCUGUCUCCAAACAAAGAUCUCUGAUCUUAAUGUUUAAAUAG